AUGGCUCAAACUUCCAACUCUGAAGGUCAAAAUAUCAAGGAAGUUAACGUCAUCUCUACUCGAAGUGGUAAGAAUUUGGACACGCCAUCGACAAGUAGUACCACUUCGAGUAAUGAAGAAUCGGCUCAGGAGAAAGAAGAGCCAACUAAAAUUCCGGUAAAGGUGCCUUUUCCCCAAGCUCUCCGACCUAUUGGGAAAGUGCCGGAAAAUCAAACUGAGAUCCUGGAACACUUGACACAAUUGAAGAUCAAUCUACCCUUACUACAUGUGAUCAAGCAAGUUCCGGCAUACGCCAAGGUUAUAAAGGAUCUGUGCACCAUAAAGAGAAAGCACCAUGUUAAGAAGACUGCAUUCUUGACGGAACAAGUAAGUGCGGUGAUUGAGCAGAAGACACCGCCGAAGUAUAAGGAUCCAGGUUGUCCCACCAUUUCUUGCCAGAUCGGGACACAUGAAUUCAGCCAAGCAUUACUAAACCUAGGAUCGAGCGUUAACCUCAUGCCUUAUUCAGUUUACUCGCAAUUGGGUCUUGGAGAGAUUAAGCCCACAUCUGCGGUUCUGCAACUGGCCGAUAGAUCCAUUAAGAGACCACGAGGAAUAGUGGAGGACGUUCUAUUGCCAUUCGAUAAGUUUUAUUACCCCGUGGACUUUCUUGUCUUUGAUACACAAUCCGUGGUUAAUAUGGAGUCAAUCAUUCCUAUCAUUCUAGGAAGACCUUUCCUUGCCACAUCAAACGCACUUAUCAAUUGUAGGAAUGGUCUCAUGAAGAUAUCUUUCGGGAAUAUGACCCUUGAGGUGAAUAUUUUUCAUAUUCAAAAGCAACCAUGUGAUGACGACGAGUGUCAGCAAACAUUCAUGAUCGACACACUUGUCGAGGAGGAGGUUCAACUGCAAAGCAACUCCGAAGAUCUUGAAAACCUCCUCCAAAAUUCUAAUUCUGAAAAUUCCGGUUCUGCUGAGUUGGCUCAUUUGUCUGUAAUUUUCAACAACUCACAGGACAGAGGAACUAAGUUUAGGCCACCAUGUUUUGAGGAGCUCCCAAUAGAAGGAGAAAAACCGAAAUCAUCCACCGAGAAAGCUCCAAAAGUCAAGCUAGCCUAA